AUGCAAAUCAUCAAGCCCAUUAUUCAGAAGCGGCUGGAAGAUGCGAAAAGUCCCGACUUUAGCCCGCCUGCCGACUUGAUUCAAUUGACCAUGGAUACCGUGAAGGGAGAUCUAGGAAAAGAGGUGUGCUUCCAAAUCAUGGCCCAAGUGGGGACCAGUCGUGCCGCUUUGUUCACGACCGCUUCGACAGUGACACAUCUCAUGUAUGAUCUCGCAUCUCGGCCAGGGUACAUUGACCCUCUUCGUAAAAGGGUCCUGGCCUCGGGCGACGUCCCGAUGAACAGACUGAACAUUGCCAAGCUUCGAAAAAUGGAUUCUUUCGUUAGUGAAUGCCAGAGAUUCGCUCUUUUUAUGCUUGCUGGCACAAUUCGCAAGGUUACUUCUCCCAUUACCCUGGCAGAUGGUACUUACAUCCCCGUUGGGGCUCUCAUUGGAGUAGACACACAACACAAAAAAGCACUCUAUGCUUGA